AUGGAAGUAUCCAACCAGUCUACUGUAACAGAAUUUGUCUUAUUGGGUCUCUCUGCCCACCCAAAGCUGGAGAAAACCUUCUUUGUGCUCAUCUUGUCAAUGUACCUGGUGAUCCUGCUGGGCAACGGGGUCCUCAUCCUGGUGACCAUCCUCGACUCCCACCUGCACACACCCAUGUACUUCUUCCUGGGGAACCUCUCCUUCCUGGACAUCUGCUACACCACCUCCUCGGUCCCCUUGGUCCUGGAUGGUUUUCUCACUCCCAGGAAGACCAUCUCCUUCUCAGGCUGUGCUGUGCAGAUGUUUCUGUCCUUUGCCAUGGGAGCCACGGAGUGUGUGCUUCUGGGCAUGAUGGCGUUUGAUCGUUAUGUGGCCAUCUGCAACCCCCUCAGAUACCCAGUGGUCAUGAGUAAGGCUGCCUAUGUGCCCAUGGCCAUCAGCUCCUGGGUGGCUGGUGGUGCCAACUCCAUGGUCCAGAUCUCCCUUGCAGUACAGUUGCCUUUCUGUGGGGACAAUGUCAUUAAUCACUUCAUCUGUGAGAUCCUGGCAGUCUUAAAGCUAGCCUGUGCUGACAUCUCCAUCAAUGUCAUCAGCAUGGGGGUGGCCAAUGUGAUCUUCCUGGGGGUCCCAGUUCUGUUCAUCUUUGUCUCCUACAUCUUCAUACUCUCCACCAUCCUGAGGAUCCCCUCUGCUGAGGGCAGGAAGAAGGCCUUCUCCACCUGCUCUGCCCACCUCACAGUGGUGAUCAUUUUUUAUGGGACCAUCCUCUUCAUGUAUGGGAAGCCCAAGUCCAAGGACCCACUGGGGGCAGAUAAGCAGGACCUUGCAGACAAGCUCAUCUCCCUCUUCUAUGGACUUCUGACCCCCAUGCUGAACCCCAUCAUCUACAGCCUGAGAAACAAGGAUGUUAAGUCUGCCGUAAGGAACCUGGCAAAUCACAGAUGCCUCACCCAGUAA